UGUAUUAAUAAUAAUCAGAGUGUACAUACGCAAUAGAUGAGAUAAAGAAGUAGAAACCUCGGUCUAGUUCAGCUCGUUAUGUAACUUAAACAUUUGUAAAGGUGACUUUGUUGAAACUCUAAGAGACAGCUGCACACUCUCAACUGGCCGUUUUUUUUGUCCAGCAGCACAAGGGCCAGAGAGGACCAGGAGACCACAGCACACCCCAAAGAGGGGUUUCCGCAGGCAAGAUUAAGGCUGACCUCUGUGGUUCCUUUCCCACCAGUAUGAACAGGUGCUUUUGUUAUUGUGAAGAACUAAAUCAUGAGAGAUCAAAUCAGUGUUGAGCUCAUGGCCCACAUUCUUUCGUAUUCAGUACUGACCAGUUGGGUCACAAUCUCAGUUAACCUUCUUUGCCAUAUACAGAAUGUUCUUCAUGUGACUUGGAAAAGUAUACCAAAGUGGAUGAAAGAGAGCUUGGAGAACAAACUUUCCUUUUCAUGCCACUCCCAGCUGCUUUCCCUUUGCAGCAGUGAGCUUUUGUUCGCUUGGUCAGAUGCAACAUUUGGUGUCCAUUUUACCUUUCAUGUGAUGCCAAACUAGCGCAAGUGUUAAAAUCACUUGUCUCUACAAAAAUUUAGUCACAACUGGGUGGAAUCUCUCUAUUCAGCAAGAUUAGUUAUAACAUGUUAGAAUACUGAGGUGGUUGUGAAUUACACUGAGGACUGUUGGGCUAACCUCCAUUUCAGCUAAUCAUGGGGGAGAUAAAAGUCUCUCCUGAUUAUAACUGGUUUAGAAGUACAGUUCCCCUUAAGAAGAUUAUCGUAGAUGAUGAUGACAGUAAGAUAUGGUCACUCUAUGAUGCAGGCCCCAAAAGUAUCAGGUGUCCUCUCAUAUUUCUGCCUCCUGUCAGUGGAACUGCAGAUGUAUUUUUCCGGCAGAUUUUGGCUUUGACUGGAUGGGGUUACCGGGUUAUAGCUUUGCAGUAUCCAAUAUAUUGGGACCAUCUUGAAUUCUGUGAUGGAUUCAGAAAACUUUUAGACCAUUUACAAUUGGAUAAAGUUCACCUUUUUGGGGCUUCUUUGGGAGGCUUUUUGGCUCAGAAAUUUGCUGAAUACACUCACAAAUCUCCUAGGGUCCAUUCCCUCAUCCUCUGCAAUUCCUUCAGUGACACCUCUAUCUUUAACCAGACUUGGACUGCAAACAGCUUUUGGCUGAUGCCAGCAUUUAUGCUCAAAAAAAUAGUUCUCGGAAACUUUUCAUCUGGCCCGGUGGACCCUAUGAUGGCUGAUGCCAUUGAUUUCAUGGUGGACAGACUGGAAAGUUUGGGUCAGAGUGAACUGGCUUCAAGACUUACCCUGAAUUGUCAAAAUUCUUAUGUGGAACCUCAUAAAAUUCGGGACAUCCCUGUAACCAUUAUGGAUGUGUUUGACCAGAGUGCACUCUCAACUGAAGCUAAAGAAGAAAUGUACAAGCUAUAUCCCAAUGCCCGAAGAGCUCACCUGAAAACAGGAGGCAACUUCCCAUACCUGUGCCGAAGUGCAGAGGUGAAUCUGUAUGUACAGCUUUUGAAUUUGAAAAGUACUUUUGAAGAGUCCCGCUUUAAGAACUGCGAAUUUUGCUACCAAAAGUCUUCACCACUGUGUUCUUAA